AACAUUUACUCCAACGCAAGAUUAGAAUACUGCUGCAAUACAUAGAACGGCAGAGGACACCGAGCACAGCACUUUGGCAACCACAAUUCCGUUAUUAUUUUAAUUGUCUAUUUUCUCCAUCUCGUGUCAAGCCAUAUCUCUUAGAAGAGAACAACAAAGAUUUAAAGAUGUCCGUGGCCGGGCUGAAGAAGCAGUUCCACAAAGCAAGUCAGCUGUUGAGUGAGAAGAUAAGUGGAGCUGAAGGAACAAAGCUGGAUGAGGAGUUUAUGGAGAUGGAGAGGAAAAUUGAGGUCACCAACAAAUCAGUGUUCGACCUCUUAUCAAAAACAACAGAAUACCUCCAGCCCAACCCAGCCUACAGAGCCAAGCUGGGCAUGCUGAACACGGUGUCUAAGAUCCGAGGGCAGGUGAAGACCACGGGCUACCCUCAGACAGAGGGCCUGCUGGGGGACUGCAUGUACCGCUACGGCCGUGAGCUGGGAGACGACUCUGCCUUUGGGUGCGCGCUGACAGACAUGGGGGAAGCCAUGAGGCAGCUGGCCGACGUCAAAGACUCUCUGGACAUCGGCGUCAAACAAAACUUUAUCGAUCCUCUUCAGACACUACAGGACAAAGACCUGAAGGAGAUCACGCACCACCUCAAGAAGCUGGAGGGCCGGAGGUUAGACUUCGACUACAAGAAGAAGCGUCAGGGCAAGGUCCCAGACGAGGAGAUCAAGCAGGCGCUGGAGAAGUUCGACGAGAGCAAGGACUUGGCGGAGAGGAGCAUGUUCAACUUCCUGGAGAGUGACGUGGAGCAGGUGAGCCAGCUGGCAGCGCUGGUAGAGUCAGCGCUGGAAUACCACCGGCAGUCUGCAGAGAUCCUGGAAGCGCUCAGGUCCGCACUGCAGAGCAGGAAUCAACCCAAGAGAGAGUUCAAACCCAAGUCCAUCAUGAGCACCCUUGAGGCCAUUGAGAAGACCCAGACGAACGGACUGUCAUACCACUCGUCCUUCAAAUCAUCAGACGUCCAGAUCAACCACACAGUAAAUGGAAAAACUGAUGCCUUCAGUUCUGUAUCUCUGUCCUGGCCAGAGACUCCUACCACCAAUGGCCACGAGUCCGAGGUGCUGGACCAGCCCUGCUGUCGGUGUCUGUACAACUUUGAGCCCGAGAACGAGGGCGAGCUUGGCUUCAAGGAGGGCGACACCAUCAUCCUCACCAACCAGAUCGAUGACAACUGGUAUGAGGGCAUGAUCAACGGGGAGUCUGGCUUCUUCCCCAUCAACUAUGUGGAGGUUAUCGUCCCCCUGCCCCAGUAAGGCCAGACCAGCCUCCAGCACCCAGCCUCCAGCGCCCAACCUCCAGCGCCCAACCUCCAGGUGUCUUCAGACCCUAGUUUUAACCUGACACGGAACUCUAUAUUUCAGCCUUCAGAACAGGCCAAAAGACCCUGUCCCAUCUUUCAGCCCUCAUCCUCAUCCUCCAGACCAAUGCCCUUCAGCCCCAAACAUUCAGCCCAGGGACCCUGCCUAGAGGCAUUGACUCAUCAAGUAUAAUAGUUAUACUUCACGCACAGCAUUCCACAUACUAUACAUGCCCCUGCUGCGGAAUUUACCAGAGACGUCCAACAAAAUCAUCGUUAUCAUAUAUAUAAUUUUUUUGUAUCUUCUAUUUGAAAAUCGGUAUUCUUGGUUUGAGAAAGGAACAAACCAAAAUCCCCAAAGAAUGUUCUUUUCCAAACUUCAACUUAUGAUACUUUGAAGAAACAAAAAAUGAUAACAAUGCUUGCAGUCUUAACCUGAGAAAGGUCAUCACUUUCAGUUUUAAGAAAUGAUGUUUUAACGCCUUGAGGGAGACAUUUCUGUGGAUGCCCUAUCGUCAUACAGCCUGUGAUGUGCAGUAGCCAGUCCUGUAAGUGUCCCCUGGGUUAGGACAGCCUGAGUCCUAGUUGGGUUCAGGCUGGUCUGUGUUGUACUAUGUCUCUGCCUCUCUGUCUGGUGUGGCCUAAUGCUGCCUGCCUGCCUGCCUGCUGUGCUUUCGACUGUUUCGUCAAACACGUUUCUAAACCCGAGGAACAGAGAAGCUCUCUGAACGUCCCUCUCUCUCUCUCUCUCUCUCUCUCUCUCUGUUUACAUGGUCCAACUUAUAGUGACUUUACCACUCGGUAAGGAUCGUACCACCUGGUCUCGUCAGAUGGGGGGGGGUGAAUGCCUUACUCGACCGUGUUAAAUUGCUUUCUCUAUGUCGUCUGUAUUGCACUGAAGCUUCAGAAGAUCUAUCGCACACCUACGGACAUGCACACCUUACUUUUUCUUGUUUGCUCCUCAUGCGUUGCACUUUCUAUGAGAUGAAAUACUUCUACCAUAUCAGUCAAGUUUUUUAAGUUAUAUCUGGGAUAUUUGUAGUAUACCAUAUAGCCUACCAUAUAGCCUAUCUGGUAUAUACUGUAUAUGUUGACUGAUCUGGACUAGUAUAUAUACAUUGUACUGUAUGACUAUGUGAUGCUAGUCCACCGUUGUAGUUAAUGGACAGCAGAGGUUUGUAGUUUGAUGUUUAAAUCUGGGAGGCUGGAGACGCAAGCCCCAGAGAUCACAUGUGUUUUCCAAUACCCACAUAACAACAGUAUGAGGAGAUAUCGAGGCGAACCUCUGAAGGUUACCUCUGGUCUCCAGUUGACCCCUGACCUUAUUUGAGAAGCACUUCAAUGCUUUAUCCAGCCAAAGUGUUUCUACGGCCUUAGAGGUGAUUCUACUCAGAGUAUUCUGUUAAAACCACUAGACUAAGAAAGUAAAUGGAUGGAAAAUCCAUUGUGAUCAAACAACAAUGCUAUACAAAGCCAUAAAUAUGUUUAUUGUAUCUAAGCACCUCCUUAGUGCCCAGAGAUUCCCUCAACCCCAGACUCAGGAUUGGGGUUUGUUACUGUACCAAAUGUCACUCACACAUUCUUAGUCAAAAUGCGUUAAAGUUGCAUUAAAACCAUAUACGUGCUCAGCUAUACUACCUAAACCACUGGGUAAAGAUACCCAAAAGAAAAAUACACUGUUAACCUGCCAGUAAAUGUGAAGCACUGUUUGCAUGAUAAGAGUUUUCUUAGUCUGGCUAUUGAUUUUUGGGAACAUGGUAAGAAUUAUGGGUAAAUUCCAGGUUAUUUUAAUCUAGUCCCAGUUGGGACACACCCUCAGUGACUAAUCUGUAGAUUGAGCUGCUCUGCUGUCGGUCUCUGAUAACACUGAGUGGCCUCAGAAGUGUAGCCACUUCCUGUUGUCCCUAAUGACAUCAUGUUUACCACAAGCCCCUUCGAGUAAACUGUUGGAGAGCACCAUCACAGACUAAGAUGAUUGGCCAUCUUCCAACACUACCGCUGGGCUCAUCAGCCCUGCCAUACUGUUCUACUCAACUAGACUCUCUAUCUCCCUCUCUCCCCUUAUCUCUUCUUCUCU